GACGAUAGAGAGAGCCCUCUUUUGUGUUCGGUGCUGAGGCAUUUAGGAGCAUUUUGUUUCAUUUUAAAGGUGUUAUUACCGUUGAUGCGGGAUGAUUACUUCCUGAAGUGAUCUUGAAGAGUGUGUUUGUGACCCGAGAGGCAUCACAUGCUGUGAAUUAUAAAUGGGACCUUGAAAUUAGCGGUCUAAUUUGGCAAUUUUCUCGGUCAAGUUUGUUUUUAAUUUGAUGCACAUUGUUCAUAUUCUGAAAUAAUCCACACAUAUGACAUAAGUGCAUCAAUAUCGAAGCUGAAAGUAUCAACCACAUAGGUACUUGAGUCACAAGUUGUUAUCUGAUACAAGAUGAGCAUGAAUUGCAAUCCUCCUCAUGCAAAUGGACUGCUUUUCUCCACAUUCAACCAAGACCAAGGAUGUUUUGCAUGCGGCACCGACAACGGUUUCCGCAUCUACAACUGUGAUCCGCUGAAGGAGAAGGUCCGCCAGGACUGGCCUGAUGGCGGCAUCGGCAGCGUGGAGAUGCUGUUCCGCUGCAACUACGUGGCGUUGGUCGGCGGCGGAAGUAGUCCAAAGUACCCGCCCAACAAAGUAAUGAUCUGGGACGACCUGAAGAAGCGCACGGUGAUCGAGCUGGAGUUUUUCAGCGACGUGCGUGCCGUGCGCCUCCGUCGGGACCGGAUCGUCGCCGUCCUCGACAACAUGAUCAAGGUGUACACGUUCAUGCAGCAGCCGCAGGCGCUGCAUGUGUUCCCGACCUCCUACAACCCGCAGGGUCUGUGCGUGCUGUGCCCCAACUCGAGCGCCUCCCUACUGGCCUUCCCCGGCUCCCGGACGGGUCACGUGCACCUGGUGGAUCUGGCCGAUACCUCCCGGCCGCCCCUGGACGUGGCUGCGCACGAGGCGGCGCUCAGCUGCCUGCAGCUCAACCUGCACGGCACGCGACUGGCCACCGCCAGUCAGAAGGGUACUCUGAUACGGGUGUUCGACACGUCGACCGGUGACAUUCUCUGCGAGCUCCGGAGGGGCGCCAACAACGCCCACAUCUACUGUAUCAACUUCAACCACGACUCGUCUCUGCUGUGCGUCUCCAGCGACCACGGCACGGUGCACGUAUUCGCCGUAGAGGAGGAGCACAAGGCCAAGGAGACAGGACUGGUGCCGGCGGCGGCAGCGCUUCUCCCCAAGUACUUCAACUCCCGCUGGUCGUUCGGAAGGUUCCAGGUGCCGGGCGGCCCGCAGUGUGUCUGUGCCUUUGGAGCCGACAACAAGUCCGUCAUUGUUGUGUGCGCCGACGGCAGUUUCUACAAGUACGGCUUCACGGCCAAGGGAGAGUGUCGGCGGGAGCUGUACGCGCAGUUCUUGGAACUGGGUGAGGAUACCUAGCGAUAGCACUGACUGCUAGGGAAGUCUCAGUGUGUGGGGAACUCUCAGAUGACCUGGGAGGCUCGCAGAGUGGAGAACUCGGGAAGGAAGAUGUGGCUAGAUGGCGAAGAUUGGUGCUAAAGUGGCUGAUCUGGCAGCAGCGGCUGGGAUGAAUAGAAUGCGGAUCAUAAUGGAGGAGGAUCGAGGCACGUCGCAGUAGAUGUUGGGAGGUGUGUGGCAGUGGAUGCUACAGAGACUGUGUUCUGAGACAGCUCAGCAGCAGUAGGAGCGGAAGACGUUGUAAGACUGCGCCGAUGAUGUUGAAAUUGAGACUGCCGUUGAGUGCGGAGUGAUGUAGGUCAUACAUCAGUCGGACCAAAGCUGAACGCCGAGGUGAUUGGCAUUGGCUGCUAUGUGUGGAUCAGGACGGAGACGUUGUUGGUAGGGUCCAGUGUGGGGAGGGGGGGGGGGGCGGUAGCUGAAGGUAAUAACCCCUCCGCACUGCCUGGGACUCCCGUUCGACUCCUCAUUCUGACAUCGAGUUACCAGUUCCGUGUUACCAGAGUUAUCGGGUGACCCUUAUGUGGACAGUCGGUCGCGACAGCGGUAUACGUUACCGCUCUAGCGGAAAGGUCCCUCAGUGUGAUCACGCUUCGUGGCAAGUUACUGGUGUUCUGAGGUCGGAAUCACGUAAAAAUGUGGCCUGAUAAUUAUUCUCUAACUGCUGUGUGCUCGAAAGCUACCCUAAAUUUCGGGAAGUUUUCCGUUUUCUGCCGGUCCGUAUCAUUCCAGUGUAUCGUGCGUAUUUGUGGUUGCUAACUGGCUGGGUCUUGUCCGUGCUUUGCCUAGCAUUUAACCCUAUUCCUGGCGGGGGGGGGGGCCUCAGGAGCCCCCCCUGAGGUUUUUUGGUUAUUUCUCCCAAACGCGUUGAGCUAGGAAGCUCAAAUUUUCUGACUUUUCCUAAAAGGCUUCUACGCAACAUGUCUGAAAAUUUUGAGUUGAUCUGACCUCAGGUCAGGUCACCAGAGGCGGUUUGGUGACCCUACCUCAGAAAAGUUUGCAAUCACGCCAGAGCUAGAGUUUUUGACCGAUCAAUUUCUUCUCUUCAGGCUUUAGUUAGGGUACCAGUAUGUGCAAUUUGUAUAUCUCGGAAUUUUGAUAUCGGUGACCUAAGGUCAGGUCAGUUUCGCGACCUUCCCAUUAUAAGUCAAUGGGGGAAAAAUCAACUCCCUGUUUUUACCACUAAAACGGGUCGGAAUGGCCCCAUAUACCAUACAUGACUUCAUAUACGAUCAACCUUCACUACCUUGAGGUCUGUUUUGCUGUUGGGCAGCUGUGAGGUCAUGUGACGUCAUCAAAGGUCACCAAAGGUUUUUGGCCAAUAACUCCGUACAGGAACAAGAUACAGACGCGUGGAUGGUCUCAUUGUGUUCAGCUCGUCAAGACGCAUCGAAUGAUAUACAUGAUGACCUCGAGGUCACGUAACCUGAGGUCAACCUUUGACCUUGACCUUGCGAGGUCAACAUAUAUAUCAUUCGAUGCGGAUUGACGAGAGGAUCACGAUGAUGCCCUUAGUUUGUUCCUAUCUUGACUAAUUCGAAAGUUAUUCGAGAAAAACUCUCCCCAUAUCUAGCGCCGCCAUUUUGACUUUUUCGACCCCUGUGACGUCAUCUUUGACCUGACCUGAAAAUGACCUUUGUAAAAAUUGUAGAUCUUGACCGUGCGUAUCCGAUGCCGUUUACCGUUUGUCGCUAUCUUGCUUCGUUCUCGAGAUCUCAGGGGGGGGGCCGAAUCGGCCCCCCCCCCCCGCCAGUUUCUUGUCCCGGCGGAGCCCGCCAGGAAUAGGGUUAACGCGCUGAUCAGCCGCUCUGAUUGUAGAACGGCAGCUGGGACGGUGGAAAUCUGUCGUGAAGAGCAGCGUCCGGACUGGCCGAAGUAGAGUGUCUAUUGGGCAUUGUGACCUGUCUUUCAGAGGUGUGAGAAUCAGGUGGUGAGACAUCUAAGAGGGGAUGAUGUGAAUGGAGCUGUGUAUUUUAACGAGGGGUUAAUACUGGCGGGUAAAUUAACCAUCUACCAAGUGCUGCGAGACGUGUGUGCAUCAUUGUUGAAGGGCUCGAUCAUUGAUUUUCCUGCGUUGGAUAGUUUCGUUUCCUAUUACGAUCCAGCCGCGUUGCCCGUUCCCAUAAAGCCACAUAGCGUGCCCACCACCAUGAUUUCCCCGUGUUUGCCGGGAAGUGUGUUAUGCGUAUCCAAGACGCCAUCGCUGGGUACCCAGGGGGGUGUAGGACGAUAUUUAUUGCUAGUUUUAGCCUCUGCCUACCUGAGCUUGUGUUCCUGUGCACAUUUGCAAUGUGGAUGAUCGCAAUGUUGAUAAUUGUAUGAUAUCGAUAUAACGUGUAUAUUAUGAACGGAUGAAUAAUACAAGCAUGUGGAUAAGCCUUUA